AUGUUGAGCCGCAGUUUUAACAGGUCAUUCCACUUAAGCUCAAGGGUAUUAAAUUACUCAAAUGUUAAAUUGACAUUAUUCUCGAAGAAGGAUUGUGGACUAUGUGUGACGGCGAAGGUUGUUCUGGACAAAGUAGUAAAAGAUGGAGAAUUUGAUGGAAAGAUAAAAUAUACUCAGGUAGAUAUCGAAGAUCCUAAAAAUAAGGAAUGGUGGGAUAAAUACUGUUUCGAUAUUCCCGUUUUGCAUAUUGAAGAUGCCAGUAAUAAAGAUAAGCCAUUAGAAAAAAUAUUCCAUAGAAUGAAGAAAGAAAAUGUCGUAGAAAAGAUUAAAGGUUUUAAAUAG